ACUUCAAAAUAUUUCGAAAGAGUCACACGGAUACAAAGUCAUACUAGUAUAGGCCAUCGAGUUAACUCCUCGACAUUUCUCUACAUUCAACAUUGAGUUUAGUUGUAUGAAAAUUGCCGCGGAUUGCGGUACGGAACGUACGUUAGUCGGGUUCAGGAGUGCUACACCAGCAUUUUACCAUGGAUUUUUCAAGGAAACGCUGAAGGAGGCAGAAGUGCGACAGUUUUAUUUUUUUAUUUUAUUAUUAUUUCAACAAUUUAAGUUUUCUCAGCAAAAACACCCAAGCAACUGGUUUGCAUUUCCACACGAAAAGUGCAAAAGUUCCGACAGAAGGAAAAUAUUUUCCUGAAAAUUUUUUUUUGUUAAAUCUAUAAGUUUCCUUGAAAUAACUUAUGUUUCAUCCUAAAAGUGAUUCUUUGCUCAAGACAUACCUAGUGAAGAAAAAGUGUAACAGUGACAUUUCGGUUAAUAUAAAAUAUAUUUCUGAAUUUUUCCGAACUUCUCUCUAGAAUCAGGGGGAGUUGGAGCAAGAAGAUAGAACUCUCAGUUUUUUACGUGUCUCCAUACAAAUUACAUAUUGACGUCAUCCAAUUCUCAAAAUUGUACGUUUUCAUGACUUUUUGUUAAUUUGUGGUGAGAAUUUAAAAGAAAAAAAUAAGUAAAUUUGAAAAAAUCUUGAAGUAUUUCUCCAAGAUUUAGAGAGUGCACACAUAAAACUUGAUGAAAAUAAAAAAAUGUGCCAGCAAUUCAAAAAAAAAAGAUGAAUCAUGAGGAUUUUCAUCAUCACCACUUUGGAUUCACUUGGAUUACUUCAAAGUUUCUAAUGUGAUUUUCAAGGAAAAUAUUAUCACUCGGGAACGUUUCAAGGAGAUUUCGUUAAAACUGUGCAACAAAAAGUUUCGUGAAAAAAAAACUAUAUCCGGACAUUUGGUUUUUCAUUUAUAAAAUCUGGGAUUUUUAAGUGAUUUACCGUGCAAAUUUAGCAAGACAACAAAAAAAAAUUAGCUCAAAUUGACUGGCAAAGGAGUUGUGAGACGAAAAUAGUGCCUUUUGAAAAUUCUACCAUAAAGAUUACCCGUACUGUGGAUAUCUCAAAGAAAACUCAAUGUGCUGUGUGCAAAACAGGAAAUUUGUGCGCCAAAGGGUUAACUCUCCACUGUUCAUUAUUUCUGUUCGUGAUUCAGGCGAAACGGACUUACCAGCCCUGCCAAUCACAUAAAAAUUAAGUAGUGAAGGGGACAAAAGGAGAAUCUUCCAAACCACAGAAACAAUUUUGAGAAGCAAUUAAUUUGUUUUACUGUGACAACGUGUUUCGCAAAGUUCUUCCAUUUUGAAUAUUGGAAGGUGUAAAUUGGACGUGUUUGAGAGGAUAUUGCUCACGAGGAGAGACAAUUGCGUGGAACUGGCUGAAGGCGUUAAACAACGCCUUGUAUUAUUCAUCUCUUCUUUUACACCUAUAAAAUAUCUUAGUAGAGAUAUUUUCUUAUAAAUAGCAAAAUGACGUCCCAAAGAUUUUGUCUUCGAUGGAACAAUCAUCAAACAAAUUUACUAUCUGUCUUCGAUCAAUUGCUACAUGCUGAAACAUUUACGGAUGUCACAUUAGCCGUCGAAGGACAAUACCUCAAAGCUCACAAGAUGGUGUUAUCGGCAUGCAGUCCCUAUUUCCAGGCACUGUUUGUCAACCACCCCGAAAAACAUCCCAUCGUUAUACUGAAAGAUGUACCCUUUGCCGAUAUGAAGAGCUUACUGGAUUUUAUGUAUCGAGGGGAAGUUUCUGUAGAUCAAGAACGACUAACGGCAUUUCUGAGGGUAGCCGAAAGCUUACGGAUAAAGGGUCUUACAGAAGUAAAUGAUGAAAGACCCUUGGGUCCAGCUCACACACCACCCCCGCCUCAGUUACACAGAAUCCAUCCAUAUUUGGCGCAACGGAAACAACAAGGAAUGCUUCUGAGUAAUCCGUUGCUAGGCAGUGCACUAACUAUGCCUAAACGGAAACGAGGGAGACCGCGGAAAUUAUCAGGCAGUUCAAAUGGUGCAGGAAAUGACUAUGAUGACUACGAAUCCCGCGAUAAUCUCAUUCAAGGCUCACCUGAACUGUUGGAAGUAAAAAUGGGUACAGAUAUGUACUCAAAUUCCGGCAAUGAAGGAUCUGACGAUAACCCCAACCGAGAAGACGCUGAUCAAGAUUCCAAUCAAGAAGCAAUGGAUACUUCAGAGUCGCAACAGAGCAAAUCAGCGUCUCAUCCCGCCGCCUCAACGUCUAAAGAACCCAGUCCGCGAAAAGAUCAAGACAACAGUACCUCAGGUGAUCGUUGCUUUGGCGAUGAUGGAUCAGAUGGCGAUAGUGCAAUGGAUGCCACCUUUAUGGAGCCCCAAUUGAUGUUGGAUGAAUACGAUGAACCUGUAGAGUUUAAGUAUGAUCCCAAUUCUGCAUCACCACCCCCACCUUCAGGCGAACAGACAACACCAGGCGGAGGGGCCACAUCUAGUGGCACACGGAGUACCACCGUUCAGUUGGAGAUGCCAAAAUUGACGCCAAUUCUGCAGCAUCAUAUUUUGGCACCCCAGAAAAUCCUACCAAAGCUACAGAAACGUCCAAAAGUGAAACAAAAUGGCAUCUCAGGAGAGCAACAGGGUGGAAGUACGGGGAGUGGUGGUACUGGCGGAAACACCCUCCAAGUGACAAAUGUCUUUGGAAACCUCAAUAACAAUGACUUUAUUGACAUCUUCAGCAGCAACCUAUUCACAACGACCGCCACCUCAACAUCCUCCUCGACGUCCCCCCAAUCAACCACCACCAUCAAGAUUGAGCCACAGAUUACGAGCAAUCGCAGCGGAAAGUACAUCAUUGAUGACUCAGAGGGCUCCGUCAGGGAUUUCUGUACCAAAGAGGGCGAUCAUGUGUAUCGCUGCAAAGUAUGCUCCCGCGUUUAUACCCACAUCAGCAAUUUCUGUCGCCACUAUGUUACGUCACACAAGCGCAAUGUCAAAGUCUACCCAUGUCCCUACUGCUUCAAAGAAUUCACGAGAAAGGACAAUAUGACGGCCCACGUUAAGAUUAUCCACAAAUUGGAAAGUAGUUCAGCAAAUGCAACUGGCGCUGCAACUGUCUCAGCCGCCACGAGUCAGGGUCAAUAGGAUUCAUAAAAGUGAGCGGAUUCAGUAAAGAAGUAAAACCCAAAAAAAAAAGAAAAAUUGACAAAGGAAGAAACCUUGUGAGAAGCAAAAAAAAAUCCUUUUUCACUUUCCACCUCUUUCCUUCUCAAUCCACAAUUCGUCGCGCACCAUCGUGCGACUUUGAUGCGAAAGUGAAAAAGUAACUUUCAAUCAACCUGUGUACCUUAAAUUGCAAGUAGAACUUAUUAAAAUUUAUAAGACGAGAUAAAAAAAAAAUAUGUAUGAUUUUUUUUUUGAGAGAACUUGUACAGUUCCGUGGGAUAGAUAAAGUGCUAAGUGAGAAAAAAAAAGUUAUUAUAAAAAGAAAAUUAUUAUUAUCUAAAAUAUUGUGGCUGUUAACAGUGGCAGCGCUUAAGAUGGGAUGGAAACAAGGAAGCAAAAAAACAAUAAUACGUUAAAAAUUGUUAAAUUAGAAAUUUAUGAUUUAUAAAAAAAAAUAUCAUUCCUUCAAAAGGGUAUUUUUAUAGAACUACUGUGUAAUAAAAAAAAAGAAACAUUUAAUAAUUUAAUAAUCAAAGGAGUAUAAGGAAAAAACUACGCAAUUUCUAACAAAACAAAAAAUAAAAUCAAAAUUGACAGAGAUAUACAAAGAAGAUGGAGAAUAUUUAAAAAAAAACAAUGGAUCAAAAUAUUUAGCGACCAUAGAAAAAAAAUUAUAGUGUUUAUAAUAAAAAAAAGAGAAAAAACAAUCAAUGAAAACUAAUAUAAUAAUAUUUUGUAGAAAAUGAGUACAAUUGUUAUCUAUACUUAGAGGAGAAGGAAGAAAUUAAAAAUGAAAAUUCAAAAAAAAAAGAUAUACCAUAAAGUUGUUAUUUUUUUUUUAAAGAAGAACUAAUUAAUAUGUCCAUGUUCCAUUUAAUAUUACUCUUUUUCCUAUCGACUUUUCCGAAGAAAAAUAAAUUGAAUUAUCUUGGUCAAAAAUUUAGCAUCCGCGAAGUAAAAAUUCUUAUAUCUGUUUUUUUUUUAAUUUUUUGUGAGUCAAAUAAUGAAGACAAAGAAAUAUAGAAUUAAAUGAAAUAUUAUAAUGAAAAAAUAUAUAUUAACUGGGACUGACAUCCUGUGAUCCAAACAAGUGUACGGCACUUUUUUUCUGUAAUAAAAUUAACACGAUAAAGUAAUAAGUGAAAAAAAAUAUAAGAAACUGUGUAAAAGGUGGAAAGAAACCAAGAUAAGAGAAAGAUACAAAAGAGCUAAUCAUACAAUGAUGCUUCUCACCGAAUGAUUCAAGCUCCAAGUUGAAAAUGUUCACCGUGAAUUUUUUUAAACACUUACGAGAGGCCUUAUCAAAUCAUUUGAUAUCAAAUUGAGUAAUUAAUGACGACAAUAAAGUAAAAGAAAAAAAAAAGAGGAAAAAACUAUUGAUAAAAAAUAUAACAAAGUAUACAAUGCUAAAUAUAAACAGACUGAAAAAAGAUGCCUUGAAAUAUUCUUCCCAAUAAAAUCUAAUAUUAGAAAUUUAAAAAUCAAAAAAUAAUGUAAUCUUCCAGUUUUAAUUUGAUUUUGAAUUAGAAACCACGUUAAAAUUAAAUAUCUUAUAAAAAAUUUAAAUAUUUACAAAUAAAAUACAAAUAUUAAAAAAAAAUCUAUGAAUUUUUGGAUAUUUUGAGCAAUGGAAUAAUGGUGAGAGUUCAUUUUUUGCAUAUAAGAUUCUAAUAAUCUUUUCUUUUUUUUAUCCAUCACUUUUAUUUUCUGAAAAUGAUCAACUGGAAUAUUAUGCGGAAAUACGAAGACAACAAAUUCUUUAACAGAAAAAUUUUAAAAAAUACACAAUGCGCCUAAAACAACAAAAAUUAAAAGUAACGAACUAAAAAAUGUGAAGACAAAACAUUGAAAAAGUUCUUCAGACCUUUUCCAGGUAAAAUAAAUCAAGGAGAAAACAAUUAAAUAUUUAUCUUAUGUUCAUUAUUUUGGUUUUGUUAACAAAAAAAACAAUAAUUCAUUUUUAAAAACCCCCUAUUUUUCUUUUUUUUAUUUGUAGAAUUUUCAUUUUUCUUAGUCUUUUACAUAGAUAGUGCAAUUUAGUUAGUAGAGAGAGAAAUGAAAAAAAAGAAACAACUAUACAAAAUAGUAAUUAAUUUUAUAUUAAAAUGGUUUAUAAAAAAAAGAAUAAAUAAUUACAGCAAAAGUGUGAAAAAAUGCACAUCAAAUUUUCAAUCAGGAAAUUAAAAUAACGAUUAAUUUUGAUUAAAAAGUUUUGCAUAUAUAUUUGCGUUAUUGUAGACUUUGGAACAAGCAAACACAAUCCAAUGUUUUUUUUUCUUGUUUUUAUUUUGUGUAAUUAACACCCAUAAGAUUUUAUUCUUUUUUUUCCAAACAAAGAUAAAUAAAAAAUUAAUAUUUAUUGGAAAGCAACAACAAAAGAAAAACUUUCUCAAUUUUAUAUAAUUUUUAUUUCCACAAGUGCACUCAAAGAUUUAUUAUGUUUUACUUGUUUUUAUUAUUAUAUUUCUUUGUACAUUUUUGCACAAUACAUAUUUUUUUUAAUAUUGAAGUAUCCUCCCAAUAGAAAAAGGACUAUCAAUUUGCAAGGCGUGUAAUGAUACGCAUAGAGGAAAUAUUUUUUUUUAUAUAUAGAAGACAGAAAUGGAUGAAGCUGAUAAAAAGAAAAUGAAGAAAAAAACCUUCCAAUACGUUAUUAAUUUUUAAUUUAAUUUAUGGGUUUUUAUUUUGUAAAGGUGUAAUUUAUUAUUCUCUAUUAUGUAUUAUGUCUCUUUAAAAGAAAAAUACACACAACACAAUGCUGAUGAUAUAAACUAAAAAGAAAAGAGAGAUAAAAAAUGAAGUAAUUUUAUCAAAAUGAUUUAGAACACAAUACACCCAAUAAAUAUAAUUUACAUCUA